AUGCAACACACAAGCUCAUUAUUUUUUGGUCAAAGACUUUGUUUAGAAGAGUUGAAAAUGCAGGAAUUGGAUGAUUCAAAUGAAGUUAUAAUUUUUUCAGGCCAUGGAAAUACUGUUGAAAUUUAUCGAGUUUAUAGUCAAUCGGCUGAUGAGGAUUUUGACAAAUUUGAACUUCUUUCAACUUUGGAUAUCUUUUCUAAUACAAAAUCUUCUGUUCAAAAAAUUAUUUGGUUGGAAAAUGACGCAUUAUUUUGUGUUGGUGAACGAGAAUGCCAAAUUGUAUGUCUCGAUAGAACUGAUUUGAAAUUUCUUGUCAAAAAACGCCAAAAUUUAUAUUUUGAUGAUUGGAUAAUUGGCGCAAAAUGUGUUGAUGGAACUGGGAUUGUCCUUCAUUUUGCAACUAAUUCUAUUAAAUUACUCGAUUUAUCCAAUUUUUCAAAUAUUCAAACAAAAUGUCAACUUUAUUUAAAAGGACGAUCAGUUAUGUUGGUUUUUUAA